AUGCCGGCCCCAAGUCCAAACCCGUCUGAAGAUCAGCACCACGGACAUCCUGCUCUUCAUCCGUCCAUUAUCUCUGUCCCAGUUACACCAGGUGUCCAUAUCGGAGGAGGCUCCGCCUACAUUGCGCCGCAGGCUGUAUCCGAAGACGCUGAUGGCUCGUACGAGCACGACCCCGACACACCCCGAGGACCCCAGUGGAACGCCAACUCGUAUUUUACUCCUAAACACGAAGACCAAAGCCCGGACGAUGAGAAUCGACCGAAUUCUCCUACCGACGUAGCUCGUGGUGCCAGAACGGGAGAGGAACUGUUGCGAAGAUUGAGCCUCGUUGGAGAUAAUCGGAGGAAACAGAGCCAGGCGAAUGUUGAUCCGAGAGAAGCAUAUCCCGGCUUGAACCUCAGUGGGGGCAUCAUUAGCGCAACCUUCUGUGUGCCAUACACGAUUGGCUACUCGCCAGGCAAUGAAUGGGAAUUGGGCUCGCGCCGUGGGACCUCCGCUCUCUUUGACUCGUUCUCAUAUCUCGCGUCGGCAUCUUCCCCAUGGAACAGUACUCUAGUUGGCUGGACAGGCGAGAUCAAGGAUGCUUCGGGUAUACCGAGUGGUCAAGGUGCAACGGGUGAUGCCAGUGGAACCGUUGGCCCACUGAACAGAGCGUCCGCACCGAUUCCUGUUGAUUCGAGCAAACCGCCGCCACAGCCUGUCCAGACAGAAGGCUUCGCAGUGCCUGCCGCCGACAGGCAACGUCUUGAAAGGCAACUAGAGCGCGACCAUGGAGGCAAGAUCGUCCCGGUGUGGCUUAGUGACGAGUAUGACGAGAAACGUGAUCUUGUGAUUAUUAAGAACCAGUCGAGAUGGCGUCGAUUUGCCGAGCGUGAACUCUACACCUUGUUUCACUACAAGCAAAACGAGCCAACCGAUGGCCGAGCUGCACGCCAGACGUGGGCCGACUACUACCGCCUGAACAAGAUGUUCGCCGACCGCAUACUCGAGAUAUACAAGCCAGGGGAUAUUGUCAUGAUUCAUGACUACUACCUGAUGCUCCUUCCGAGUUUGCUACGACAGCGCUUGCCAAACAUUUACAUCGGAUUCUUCCUGCAUGUCCCGUUUCCAAGUAGCGAGUUCUACCGCUGCCUCAGCCAAAGGAAGGAGAUACUGGAGGGCGUGCUUGGCGCGAACAUGAUAGGCUUCCAGUCUUACAGCUACUCUCGUCACUUCUCAUCCUGCUGUACGCGUGUCCUGGGCUUCGAUUCAUCCUCUGCUGGUGUGGAUGCAUACGGUGCGCAUGUCGCGGUUGACGUCUUCCCGAUCGGCAUCAACGCUGCAGCCACACAGAAAAGUGCAUUCCAGGAUUCAGCGAUUGAGGAUAAGGUCGCUGGUAUCCGCAAGCUAUAUGCUGGCAAAAAGAUCAUCGUUGGUCGUGACCGAUUGGACUCAGUAAGGGGGGUGGCCCAGAAACUGCAGGCUUUCGAAAUCUUCCUCGAGCGAUACCCUGAGUGGCGCGAGAAGGUGGUUUUGAUCCAAGUCACCAGUCCCGGAUACUCUACGAACGACAGUGAUGAGGAUGACAACAAGUUCGUGAACAAGAUAUCCGACCUGGUCGCAAAGAUCAAUGGCACCUACGGAUCACUCAGCUUUACACCUGUGCAGCAUUACCCCCAGUACCUUUCAAGCGAAGAGUACUUUGCCCUUCUCCGGGUCGCAGACGUAGGCCUGAUUACCAGUGUCCGAGAUGGCAUGAACACGACCAGCCUGGAAUUUGUGAUUUGCCAGAAGGACAAUCACGGCCCGCUCAUUCUCUCCGAGUUCUCGGGCACCGCCGGCAGUCUAGGCAACGCCAUCCACAUCAACCCUUGGGACCUUGGCGGUGUUGCCGACGCCAUUGAUCAAGCCUUGACGAUGUCUGACGAAGAACGGAGAACGACACAUGAGAAGAUGUACAAGCAUGUUGUGACCAACAAUAUACAAAACUGGACGAACAACUUCCUCAGACGGCUGUUGACUAACCUUGCGUCUUUCGAUCAAUCCUUCGCUACUCCUGCUUUGGACAGAGCCAAGCUGCUGGCGCAGUACAGGCGGUCAAGCCGGCGGCUCUUCAUGUUCGACUACGACGGAACUCUGACCCCUAUCGUCAAAGACCCCCAGGCUGCCAUUCCGUCCGACAGGGUAAUUCGGACACUCAAAGCUCUAGCAUCCGACCCUCGCAACGAGGUGUGGAUUAUUAGCGGACGAGAUCAGGCGUUCCUCGAUGAGUGGAUGGGACACAUUCCGGAGCUCGGUCUCAGCGCAGAGCACGGAAGCUUCAUGCGUAGACCGAAGAGUGACAAAUGGAUUAACUUGACGGAGUCGAUUGACAUGAGCUGGCAGAAGGAGGUCAUGCUGGUUUUCCAACACUUUACCGACAAGACGCAAGGCUCAUUCAUUGAACGCAAGAAGAUCGCUCUCACGUGGCACUACCGCAGAGCGGACCCCGAGUACGGCGCUUUCCAAGCUCGCGAAUGCUACAAGUACCUUCAGAACACGGUCGCGAGGAAGUACGACGUCGAAGUCAUGACCGGCAAAGCAAAUCUCGAAGUCCGCCCGAAAUUCGUCAACAAAGGCGAGAUUGCUAAGAAGCUGAUUGUGCAAUACGGGGAUACUCCUGAUGUGAUGCCAGACUUCGUCUUCUGCCUCGGCGACGACUCUACGGAUGAGGAUAUGUUUCGAUCGCUCCGUCAAUCGAAGCUCCCGCCUGACUAUAUGUUCUCGUGCACAGUAGGGGCCAGCUCAAAGCAGACGCUUGCCAGCUGGCACUUGCUUGAGCCUUCCGAUGUCAUCUCUGCGAUAUCACUGCUGAAUGGAUCUGCGGACGCCGGCAAUGCCGGAGCCACCCUCCUCCUCGCCCGCACCUUCUCCUCGACCCACCGCCGGUCCGAGAUAAACAAGAUCCUCCCCUCCGCCGCCGAAGCAAUCAAAGACAUGAAAUCGAACAGCACGCUCCUCUGCGGCGGUUUCGGCCUCUGCGGCGUCCCGGACACGCUAAUCAACCAAGUGGAAAAAACCCCCUCCAUCACGGGCCUGACCGCCGUCUCCAACAACGCCGGCGUCGUCGGCUCCGGGCUGGGCCUCCUGCUCGCCUCCAAGCAGGUCAGCAAGAUGAUCGCAAGCUAUGUGGGCGAGAACAAGGUGUUUGAGAGCAUGUACCUCAAGGGCGAGAUCGAGCUGGAGCUCACGCCGCAGGGCACGCUCGCGGAAAGGUGUCGUGCGGGCGGGGCGGGGAUCCCGGCGUUCUAUACACCUGCGGCGUUUGGGACGGUGGUGCAGACGGGGGAACUGCCGCUGAGACAUAACAAGGAUGGCAGCGUGGCGCAGUAUAGCCAGCCGCGCGAUGUUAAGGUGUUUGAUGGCAAGAGCUAUGUCAUGGAGGAGGCCAUCAAGGGGGAUUAUGCUUUCAUCAAGGCGUGGAAGGCGGAUCGGCUGGGCAACUGCAUGUUCCGCUUCGCGGCGGCCAACUUCAACGGUGCGAUGGCGAGGAACGCAAAGAUGACGAUCGUCGAGGCUGAGCAUCUCGUCGAGCCUGGCGAUAUCGAUCCGGCUGCCGUCCAUGUCCCGGGCAUCUACGUCGACCGCGUCAUCCAGUCCUCCGCGGAGAAGAAGAUCGAGAAGAUUGUGAACGCAAAGGACCCCGAGGAGGCCGUCAACGCGCUCGGCUCGGGCGACGCAGGCAACAAGCGCGAGCGCAUCGUCCGCCGCGCCGCAAAGGAGUUUAAGAACGGCAUGUACGCGAACCUGGGCAUUGGCAUGCCGAUGUUGGCGCCCAGCUUCGUCGACCCCUCCGUCGAGGUCCAGCUGCAGUCUGAGAACGGCAUCCUGGGCCUGGGACCGUAUCCCAAGAAGGGCGAGGAGGACCCGGAUCUUAUCAACGCGGGCAAGGAAACUGUCACACUGCUGCCAGGUGCGGCGUGCUUUGGCUCGGACGAAUCGUUUGGUAUGAUUAGGGCGGGCCGCAUUAACUUGACGAUUCUGGGGGCCAUGCAGGUGAGCGCGAAGGGCGAUCUCGCGAACUGGAUGCUGCCGGGUAAGAUAAAGGGGUUCGGUGGUGCGAUGGAUCUCGUGUCGAAUCCGCAGGCGACAAAGGUCGUUGUCACGAUGGAGCAUACGGAUAAGAAGGGCAGGCCGAAGAUUCUGAAGCAGUGCGAGUUCCCGCUGACGGGCAAGGCGUGCGUGUCGAGGAUCAUCACUGAUCUGUGUGUCUUCGAUGUUGACUUCACCGACGGCCUCACGCUCAUCGAGCUGGCGGACGGUGUCACGGUCGAUGAAAUCAAGGCGAAGACGGACGCACCGUUUACCGUUGCUGAUAACAUCCAGCCCAUGUUGUAG